UAUUCUUGUAACUUGGUCUCAAAUUACUAGCUUCCUGUUAAAGCAACACUGCAGCUGGGUUACCAUAAUGGUUAAUACGCAUUCUGUUGUCUACAGCUUCAUCUAACUAUGGUUGUGAUACUCAUUUUCUUAAUCACUUUUUUCAGCUCUUCCCGUGCAACACUCACAGCCACUACUACUUCAUCUCAUGUAAAGGCUCGAAUCGGCUCUGAUGUCCUCCUGAACUGCCAGUUCAAUACUGGUCAGUCACAGAUUGACUUGAAACUGUUGGCUGUCAGUUGGUUCUUAGGUCAUGAGCGUGUAGCCACUUAUGAUGACAAAUUAACUACAUACAGACCAUCAGUCGCAAUGUCUGUGGAUGAACUUCAGAAUGGAAAUGCCUCCCUGUUAAUUAAAGGCACUAAAGUGACUGAUGAAGGGACUUACAUCUGCAAAGUCAUUUAUACCCCAGAAAGAGAUCAGUCCCAACUCACUCUCAGCACUGAAGCUCCCCCUACAGUUAAUAUAUUGAGUCAAGCAGUGGUUAAAAAUGAACAUAGUUUUCUGAGAGCAUCUGCAGUGGGCUUCUAUCCAAAACAAAUUACAGUCCUGUGGUUUAGAGAUGGGAAGAGUAUGAAUAAUCCUACUUUUCAGAAAUCUGAAAUGAAUGACGAUGGUACUUUCAAUAUCAACAGUUACCUCACCUUUGUCCCUACUGACAGUGAUAGCAAAAUUACCUUCUCCUGUCGAGUAAUCCAUACAUCGUUACCUGAACCCAUUCAGAGAGACUUUCAACUUAUAUUUGGAGUAAGCCCUAAAGUGAAAAUUCAUUCAUCUCCUUUUGUGAAGAACGUUGAACAGACUCUAAAGUGUGAAGUGACUGGGUUUUAUCCAGAAACUAUUGCUCUGAACUGGCUAAAGAAUGGUCAGCGAGUGGACAGAAAAAACACAAACAAAGAUGGAACUUACAAUGUAGAAGGGUAUUACUCCUUCACUCCUAAUGAAGAAGAUGAAGGGUCAGAAAUCAGCUGUGAAGUACAACAUGAGACCCUACAACAACCCUUUUCACAGAAGAUUGAAGUAAAGGUUAUAAGUAAACCUGAUGCAGGCCUAAAUACAGCACUGAUUGUCGGUUUAGUGCUAUGUUUCCUUCUGCUUUUGCUUAUAUGUGUCAUAGCUGGGGCACUUGUAUACAAACGGAAAAAUGGCAAUAUGCUCACUGUUAAAACUGAUCCUUCUCCAGUGAAGUUUCCUCUUGGCUCUGAUGCUGUGCUGAACUGUCAUUUUGAUGUUCAAAAACCAGUUCAAGUCAAAUAUCUAGCCAUUGAAUGGCGUCUGAAGCCAGACAAACCAUUAAUUAAAUAUGAUAACAAUAUAACCAUAUAUGGACGAGAAGCAAAGAUGUUUCCAGAUGAAUUUGUGAAAGGAAAUGCCUCUCUUCUUCUACCCAGCAUCAAAGUAACUGAUCAAGGAGAUUAUUUGUGCCGAAUCAUAUAUAACCCCAACAAUGAAGAAUCAUCUGUGACGAUAACUACUGAAGCUCCACCUGUGUUGACAGUCUUUAAUCAAGGGGUGAACAAAAAUGGAAAAUGGAAGCUCAAAGCUACAGGAAAUCAUUUCUAUCCAAAGGAUAUUGCAGUUGCCUGGUUUCAGAAUGACCAUAUUGUAAAUUAUUCUACUACUGGUGACCCACAGGAGAAUGAAGAUGGUACUUUCCGAAUUGACAGUACUCUCACCAUUACACCUACUGAGACUGAUACAGAUGUUAACAUUUCCUUUCAAGUUAAUCACUCAUCAAUAGCUCACCCACUCCACAAGGAUUUCCUGAUUAUAUUUGGACAAGACAGAGAAUGCAAUGAAAACACAACCAAGAUGAUAAUUUCGAUCGCAGCUGUCUUGUUUAUUGUUAUUAUAAUUAUAUGCGGACUCAUGUAUGUAUUCAAGAAGAAAAAUAAAAAAGUUAUUAUUUUAGGUAUUGAAGGACCUGAUAUAUGGGUUAUCGGUGAGGAUGUCACCUUGACUUGCUCAGUCAUAUCUUUCUCUAAAUGCUCAUUCAAAACUACUUGGGUAAAGAAGAACAAUGAGAGAACACAGACUUUAAAUGAUGACGACCAAGAAAGUGAUGAAAAAGUAGGUUUAAUGAUAUCACAAAAACAAUAUCAAAUAAAAGCAUGUCAGCCUACAGCAAGUAUCUACAAAACAAGUGUCUUCAAAACUACCAUGCAAGAAGAGACCAAGUCUGCAUUAAAUAUCCACAAAACAAGUAUUACUUUUCAACCCUCCAUUCAAGAUGACACUGGAGAAACCUUUGGAUGCAGAAUUACUCAGGCAACAUCACGUUCUUCCAUUAUGAAAUAUUUUAGAAGGUUUACACUUGUAGUUUCAUCAUCGACAGGUACCAGCGGCUCAACAUAUUCCUGAUCCUUUCCUGUCCUCGGCACUACAACCAAAAGAUUGGGUGUACGUCAAGUCAUUCUCUCCAAAAACAGCACUUCAACCAUGCUGCAAGGGGCCCUUCCUGGUUCUACUGACAACAUCAUCAGCGGUUCGACUACAAGGCUCACCCACUUGGAUUCACAUAUCGCACGUCAAAAAGGUCAUUCCAUCGUAAAGUCAACAACCUUUACCUUUUGCUACUCCUAAUUCUCCACCUAUUGCUACUCGUACUCCCAAGUCAUACUGUACCAGCACCUGACAAUGCCUGACGUUUAUCCAUUUGGACAACCUCACACUCCCAUCACAAUACAGGUGCAACCACCAUUUCCACAAAAGUACUGCACAACUAUUUUGGUAGUUAUUCUUGUCGUUUUGUUAUUUUUACUAUGGCCAUUUUUGUUUCCUGCUCCAACGACGCAUCAUGCCAAAUGAGCUACAGGACAUCCACCUUUCAACACCUACCAGGCCAUUAAACAUGUCUAUGCUUCCACCUUCAACGUUUCUCAUUGCUGGAUCUGUGCAGCUCUUCCCACUUCACAUGAUGGCCUGCCAAAGACAGCUAGUCCUUUACCUACUGACAACUAUUCAACCAUCCUCUUUAAUACUUCUGGGGGAAUGUGUACACAAAUACAUUCAAACCGAACUGUAGCUCUGACUUUAGCAUACCGACAGCAAGGCAUUUUAUGCCUAAAACAAAAGGGAAUAAAGAAAGUUGGUUCAAGUAAUUGCACUAUAAGAAUUCAGAGAGUAUGUGCCGUUACUAACUACACAGCUUUGCAGUCAAUUAAUGUUAUGGCACGGGACAGGUCUAUGCCCUAUUCAGCGUGGUAGGCCUCUGUAUCUGCACCAUUCAUGAAUUAUUCAGAUUGGCAGACGUGUAAUGUGACUGGAACGAUGUUAGGGCCAAAGGAGGUAUGGGUCUUUGGAAAUAGCCCUACAAUGACAAAUUACUCACAACUCUCACAUCUUUAAGUUAGAGUUAGAUGUAUUCUCUCAAGCAGUGUUCAAUAAUAAUGUUACCACUAACAUUUCCACUAUGCUCUUGAAAAAAGGGUUGUAUUUUAUUUGUGGUAGAAAGGCAUAUAAGUGGUUACCAGGGAACUGGUCUGGUAGCUGUUUCUUGGGUUAUUUAGUCCCAGCCAUCCGACAUAUAUCUGCUUUACCUCAAGGAAAAAUUCGGAACGUUCGCAAGGUCAAAAAGUCUACCAAUCCGGUAGGUCAAGUUGAUGCUUCAUGGAUCUAUCAUCAUAGGACUAUUCCAUAUGGACUUGAGUGAUGACGUCAUAUCAUGGGCUGGUAUAAUUCCAUAAUACGGAGUAGUGAAAUCAAUUUGGAAACUGAGAAAGCUAUCUAAAUUGCUUGAAAUAUUAAGCAAUGUUAUAUUUUCUGCCUUAGAACUAGCGACUGAUGAAUUGACUGCUAUGAGAGCUGUAGUACUCCAAAACCGUAUGGCUCUUAAUUUCACCCUAGCAGUGAAAGGAGGAACUUGCGCUUUAAUCCAAGGGGAGUGCUGUACAUUUAUUCCUGAUAAUCAGCAUGAAAUUGAAAGCCAUCUUGAACUAAUUCAAAAAAUUUCCGAACUCUCGAAGGCCAAAGAGGCCGAUAGUUCAACAAGGGCAUGGUUAACUAACCUAUUCUCAGGCUGGGGAGGUGGACUG